UAACUUAAGUGUUACCUGGUUAACUUCGCCAAGUUUCGUCUUGAUGACAUAUCGCAAUAUAUAGUGCCAGGAUGGAUACUAACUUAUUGAACAUCCUGGCUGCUUGCUUGAUGCCUUCGGCGCCUACGUUUGCUGAGGCUCAGCGUCAGUUAGGUGAGAUGCGCGAGCGUCAUUUACCGGACUUUGUUCGUGCUCUGUGUGACGUGAUAGCGAAUCCGCAUGUUGACCGUGACAUUCGUCAGCUUGCUGGUGUCCUGUUGAAGAAUUGUUUUCAGCGUGACCCUAAGUGCCACGAUGCUAGCAGAAACGUGCUACUUCAAGUUCCUGAGGAUUGUUUGCGUUACAUCAAGGUCCAGCUGCUGAAUGUAAUGAAAUCUGGUGGCGAGACCCAAUCAUCCUUGGCUUCGUGCUAUGUGAUAUCACGUAUAGCUGAGCUUGAGUUGCGUCGUAACGGUUGGCCCGAAUUUUUCGAUAUUAUCAUUGGCAUGAUUGACCCUAAUGACGUUGAGGCAUGCCGCAAUUCACUUACGUGCCUCAGGUAUCUUAUAGAGGACCUCGCAUCAGUAUUUUACAACCAGGGCGUUGCGUUUCUAUCCAAGGCAGAAUCGGAUCGUUUACUUACAUCUAUCGUAAAGGGUGCCUUUAUGUCUGACACCCAGAGUCGUCGCACUGUGAUGAUAUGUAUGCAGCACAUAUUACCUUUCGUGGACAGUAAUAUGGCCAUACCCAAUGAACGUGACACCAUCGUCCAGGCUAUAUGUUACAACAGUGGGCCUUCUAAUCCCAGCAAUUUACGUGCCGCUGCUAAUGACUGUCUAGUCCAGCUCGUUACCGACUACUACGAGGUAAUUGGGCCCUGCUUGCAGUAUAUAGUCCCGUUACUGUGGGAGGGUAUAGACACUCGCAUUGAGGAGGUUGCCAUCCCAGCCUUUGAGUUUUGGAACACCAUUUGCGAGACUGAGAUAGCUUUAUCCUAUGAGAACUCAGAGUCCAACCAGCACAUCAUUCAGCAGGUCAUAUCAUAUUUGCUACCCAAGAUACUAUUCACUAUGACGUUACAUGAAUUUGAGGACUUUGACAGUGACACUUGGACUUUACCCAUGGCUGCUGGUGUAUGUCUAUCGCUAUGCUCCCAGGCAGUCAAGAACGACAUUGUCCCAUCGGUUUUACAAUUUAUCAACGAGAACUUCCACCACGCUCAGUGGAAUUGCCGUGAGGCUGCAGUGCUAGCUUAUGGAUACAUAAUGGAAGGCCCGGAUGCCGAUACUUUGCGGUUGUUAGUACGCGAUUCCUUUGAUCGUUUAUGUGACGUUUUGGAUGAUCCGUCUAUAGCCGUUCAGGACACUGCUGCUUGGACUAUUGGCCGCAUAGCCAGUUUCCACUGUGCUGUGAUAUUACCUCACCUGGGAUCCUUGGAAGACCCUGGUAGCAACAUUUGCAAGAUUAUGCGUGCUCUAUUCAAGCCAGCUCGUGUAGCUGCCAACAUAUGUUGGUUUUUCCACGAGCUUGCUGAGGGCCUGGGACAGAUCGAGGCCUCUAGGUACAUGCUUGAUGCCAUGUUCCCGAAGAUAUGUGAUGCUUUGGUACACCGUGCUAACAUGGACGACUGCAUGGAACGCAAUCUGUUCUCUUCUGCCUACAGCAGCUUGGCUAAUGUCAUAACCAAUGUCAGUGACCAGUGCAGACCUCAGAUGUCCGGUAUGCUGGAACACUUCGAACGUGUAUUGGCCCAGUCAGUGGUUGCCUCUGACCACAGUGCUGAGGGUCGCUCUCGCCAAGAAACCGUUUGCGGUGUGAUACAGGUGCUACUAACUCGCGUUGAGUUUUUACCAAAUACGCAGUCACUGUGGCUCAACCUAUUUGCUAUACUACAGGACGACCUAAGUGAGGAUGCCCUACUCACUGCCAGCGCUUUGUUAAAUCGCAUGGGUAACUCUGAGUUUACCCCUUACAUGCAGAGGCUGGUUGAUAUAGUCAUUACUGGUUUGCAAAGGACUGAUUUGACUAAUGCGUGUAAAGCUUGCAUCGAGUUGGCCAGCGACAUGGCCCGUGUGAUGGACCGUCACAUACAGCCCUAUGUACCUCAGUUAAUGGAACUUCUACUGGGUACCUUAUCUGAUAUUAACACCCACCAGAAGCUUAAGCCGGCUAUCGUCACUGCUUUGGGUGAUAUUGCCAUGGCAUCGGGUAGCGGUUUCAAUAACUUCGUGGAACCGUCCAUGCGAUUAUUGCUCCAGGCUGCUGGAACAUCGUUUGACUUGGGUCCGGUGGACAACGAGGAGUGGAUAUGGUACAUCAAUGACCUUCGUGAGGGUACUCUGUUGUCCUUUACGGGGAUACUGUAUGGCCAGAAGGACAUCAACCAAGUUGACUCGUUGCGCGGCUAUGUUAGCAGUAUCCUGUACUUUAUCCAGCAGGUGGUGGAAACUCCUGCGGAGUACUUUUCAGCGGGAAAUUUCCGCCUUGCGGUUGCGUUGACGGGUGACCUCAUAACAGCGUUUGGCGGGGACCUAUCGGUACACCUCGUGAACUCGCCACUGGUCGAGAAGAUAUACGAACGCCAAAAGGCACUGGAGGCUGAGGAGCACCCUAUGGCCUCCGAGUGCCGUGAAAAGGUAAACUGGCUUUACAAAUUAUUAAAUGUUAAGUAAU